CCUUCUCUCGCCUGUUGCAUCCGCUCCCAGAUCCGGCUCUUGGCUCAUUCUCCACAGCUCACGCUCUCCGACGCCUCUCCAGACCUGCCCUGUCCGGGAGCGCUCGAAGCGGACCCCUGUCCCCGGCACGGCGCUGACGCUCAUCCCGCUGAUCCUGUGCCUCCAGCAUCGCUGGGCAGCCUCCUCUCAACAGAAUGACUCAGUGGUAUCAGCUACAGCAACUUGAUUCCAAGUUUUUGGAGCAAGUUCACCAGCUAUAUGAUGACAGCUUUCCUAUGGAGAUCAGGCAGUACCUAGCACAGUGGCUGGAAAACCAGGAUUGGGAACAUGCGGCCAACAAUGUAUCAUUUGCUACAGUGUUAUUCCAUGACCUGCUGUCACAGCUUGAUGAUCAAUUUAGUAGAUUCUUGAUAGAAAACAACUUUUUGCUGCAGCACAACAUAAGGAAAAGCAAACGUAAUCUUCAGGAUAACUUCCAAGAAGACCCAAUACACAUGGCAAUGAUCAUCCACAACUGUCUGAAAGAAGAGAGGAAAAUACUGAACAAUGCCCAGGUGUCCAAUGAGAUGGAAGUAGGCAGUGUACAGAGCACAGCGACUGGGAUGCCGGACAAACACAAGGAGCUUGAUGCCAAAGUGAGGGCUGUGAAAAGCAGUGUUACAGAUGUGGAGCAGGACAUCAAGACAUUAGAAGAUAUGCAGGAUGAAUAUGACUUCAAAUGUAAAACCCUGCAGAACAGAGAACACGAUUCUAAUAAUAUGUCUCAGGAAGAAUACAAGAAAGAACAGCUGAAUCUCAACCAGAUGUUUUUAUCACUGGACCGCAAGAGAAAGGAAGUGGUGAAUAAGAUAGUGCAGCUGCUGCAGAACACAGAGCACACACAGGCUGCCCUUAUUAAUGAUGAGCUGGUGGAGUGGAAGCACAGGCAACAGACAGCAUGCAUUGGUGGGCCACCCAACGCCUGCCUCGACCAGCUGCAGAACUGGUUCACCAUUGUUGCUGAAAGUCUACAGCAAGUUCGUCAGCAGCUCAAGAAGCUUGAGGAACUGGAACAGAAGUUUACCUAUGACCCUGAUCCCAUCACAAAAAAUAAACAGUUUCUGCAGGACCUAACACACAAGCUUUUCCAACAACUCAUCCAAAGCUCCUUUGUGGUAGAGAGGCAGCCUUGCAUGCCAACACACCCUCAGAGGCCACUAGUCUUGAAGACAGGAGUGCAGUUUACUGUGAAGCUGAGAUUGCUGGUGAAACUGCAGGAACUGAACUACAACUUGAAAGUGAAAGUUUUAUUUGAUAAAGAUGUAACUGAGAAGAACUCAGUCAAAGGGUUCAGGAAAUUUAAUAUUUUGGGAACAAACACAAAAGUAAUGAACAUGGAAGAAUCUACUAAUGGAAGCCUAGCAGCAGAAUUCAGGCACUUGCAACUGAAAGAACAGAAAAACACAGGGAGCAGAACAAAUGAGGGUCCUCUCAUUGUAACAGAAGAGCUUCACUCUCUGAGUUUUGAGACACAGCUGUGCCAGCCUGGUUUGGUAAUAGACCUAGAGACCACAUCCCUUCCCAUUGUUGUGAUCUCAAAUGUGAGCCAGCUUCCCAGUGGAUGGGCUUCUAUCUUGUGGUUCAACAUGCUGUCUACUGAUCCCAAGAACCUGUCCUUCUUUCUGAAUCCACCUUGUGCGAAGUGGUCUAAGCUUUCUGACGUUCUGAGCUGGCAGUUUUCUUCUGUAACAAAGAGAGGACUUAAUGCAGAUCAGCUGAGCAUGCUGGGAGAGAAGCUUCUUGGGUCAGCAAAUGGGGGAUCUCAGGAUGGCCUUAUUCCUUGGACAAGAUUCUGCAAGGAAAAUAUAAAUGAUAAAAAUUUUCCCUUUUGGCUGUGGAUUGAGGGAAUCCUGGAGCUUAUUAAGAAACAUCUCCUCUGUCUCUGGAAUGAUGGCUGCAUUGUGGGCUUCAUCAGCAAAGAGAAAGAGCGUGCUCUGCUGAAGGACCAGAGCCCAGGAACAUUUUUAUUGAGAUUCAGUGAAAGCAGCAGGGAGGGAGCAAUCACCUUUACCUGGGUAGAGGAAUCUCAGAACGAGCUGCAGUUCCACUCAGUAGAACCCUACACCAAAAAGGAGCUCUCUGCCGUGACUUUCCCCGACAUCAUCCGCAAUUACAAAGUGAUGGCAGCCGAAAACAUUCCUGAGAACCCACUGCGAUUCCUGUACCCAAAUAUACCCAAAGACAAUGCCUUUGGCAAAUACUACUCCAGGCCUAAGGAGGCACCAGAGCCAAUGGAUUUGGAUGGUCCCAAGGGAAAUGGCUACAUCAAGACUGAGUUAAUCUCUGUAUCUGAAGUCCACCCUUCCAGGCUGCAGUCCCCAGAAAACCUGCUCCCCAUGUCUCCCGAGGAGUUUGAUGAGGUGUCUCGGAUGGUGGGCCCCGCAGAGAUCGACACUGUGAUGUGUACACAUAUUCAGCUCUGAGCUUUGGCUGAGCUUUCCCCGUGUCAUUAGCACGGCCGAUUCACUUCACGCAUCCUGUGCUGCAGUCAGUGUCUUGGUAACAACACUUCACUUCUUUGGUUUCUCAGCCUGAAGGUCCAGCAGCAAUUUUAGCUAACGGGAAUAUCAACAGCAGCAGCCUGAGCAGCCUCCUUACGUGCAUAUCUUUGUUUAAUUAGCAAGAUACCGUGCAUGUCUUUGUUUAAUUAGCAAGAUGCCAGAGUGGAGGAAGAGGAGGGUGGCAAUGUGAGCUUCUCAAUGACAGUGAUGGGAAAAACAUGCAUUCAUUGUUUAAAGGAAUUAGUUAAACAUUUAAAACAGUUGACUGUACAUAGAUGUUACAACAUUACACGUUGAUUUUUUGUCUGCAUCACAAAAGGGAAACACUCUACAGAUAACAUGCCACACCAAAUCCAUGUUCUGCUGAAGUUUGUUGUGCUUUUAGCUCUUCUGGGCAUGGCCCACUGAGAGAGCAGAAGCCCAAAAUGUUACCUGCAUUUCAUUCUUGCAAUUUUCACAAGGCAUAAUCUUGUGUAGGAUGUUUUGCACAGUCUUUGUCAAAAAGAGCAUUUCUUAGGACACCACUUUUAAGCUGCAUUGGCAUAUGCUGAGCUUGCAACCCAAGGUGUAUAAUCAAGACUAAAGCCUCUGCAGACUGCAGUCAUCAGACAAAAUCAGAACCUCCUCUUAGAAGACUGCAAAGGCAUUGAAAAGUAUGUUUUUAUUUACUGUGCCUAAUCUGCCAAGGUGAGGAUCUGGUCACUCCUAUCCUUUGCAAUAAUACAUAUAGGUUAUAACAGGUGGAAUGGAACUCCAUUUUCUCAUGCAUUAUGAACCAGGGCAUUUAUUUAACUGUUAAUUUCAAUAGCUAAAAGAUUUUACAGGCUUUGAUACUGAAGUGGUUUUGUAAUUAGGGGUAAGGCACAGAAAAGUGAAGAAUUUAGUUUAUCCAGAGCAAUGGCUGCAGGAUAUGCAGUCUGCAGUAGUUGAAGGAUGAAGCUGUGCUUCCACCAGAGGAGGAACAGGUUUGUUUCUCAGCACGUUUCAAGGCAAUUAACAACUCUCAGUUAAGAGGCAAGGCUGUUGUAGGCAGCUGGUCUCUCUCUAAGGGUACCUAUUAGCACAGGCUGCUAAUUAGCCCAGAGCUGAGCAGAGGGGCUGCAGAGCCCCUGUGCUGCACCCCAUCUGCCCAGGUACAGGAACAGGGCAGCCACUGUGGGGGCCCUGCCUGAGCAGGGGGUUGGACAAGGUGACCUCCAGACCCAUCAGCUGCUGUUUGGGAAGAAAAGGACUGCUUCGGUUUGGUGUGUUGUGCCCAAGACAUCUGAUGCUUCCCUGCAAAAGCUUCAAAGAAAAAGGACCUAGAGCAUGUAACACACGUAUUUAAAUGAAAGCAAUACAAACUGACCUAUUUUUGGUGCCCUGGGUUACUGAGAUUAACAGUGCUACAGGAAAUGACUUAUUGCUUUUUUCUUACUGUAACUAGCUGAAGAGUAUCUGUUGCUAAUACAAAAAUCAAGUUACCUGUUUUUUGAGCUAUGCUUUGUAUUCAUGUUCUACAUGUUAUUACCUUUUUGCUUCAGUUUUGUGGAACUUAAAGCAGUGGCCUUAUUCACAGCCAGUAGUUCUAGAAGCAGUGAUUUUUCCUCAGUGGAAUAUUCUUUUAUAUAUUUUAAAUAAAUGGAACUGUCAGUUGCCACUUCUGUUCUAUCUCUCGUGUUUUGGCUACUUCUAUUAUAAAGUGGAUGAGCCAGUAAGUAUUUUGCUACUCUGUAUUUCAUUUUAAACUUGUUUGCACAACUAAAGAGUUACAGCUUUGAAGCCCAAGGCAGUAUUGAUGCUUUUAAUUCUCUGCAUUGUUGCAGGUGUCUGCACUGGAGUUCUUAGAAGGCGGCUGUUCACAUUUUUUUAUUACUGCUUGUAUCACUUCAUUCAUUUGUUUCCAUCCCCACACAGACUUCAAUAAACUGAACUUGACUUUCUAUAAUUUGAGUCCUCAGUAGCUGAUCUUUGUCUCAUCUUUGUGGGCUACCAAGCUGGACCACUGCGGUUUUUCUCUGGGACUAGUAA